AUGGCAGACUUAGAAAAUUUGCUCUUGGAAGCUGCAGGAAGAACAAGUUCAGCAGGGAAAAGCCGACAUUCACAUUCAUCAUCUAGGAGGAGGCGCGGGGGUUCAUAUUCUGAUGGAGGAAGUGACUCCAGGGGUGAUGACUCAGAUGAUGGUCGUGGCUAUGCAAGCAGGAAGCCCUCUGGAACUCAAGUUCCUUUGAAGAAGAGGCUGGACCCUACUGAAAUGGAUGAUGAACAGGGCAGCCAGGAAGAAGGUGAUUAUAACGAUAGUGGGUCUGAUCGUGGAGGUGACAGCAAUGAAUCUGAUGUUGGCAGUGAUCUUUACAAGGAUGAAGAUGACAGGCGAAAGCUUGCUGAAAUGUCUGAACUGCAAAGAGAGCUAAUUCUGUCUGAUAGAGCACAGAAGAAAGAUGACAAGAGUUUAAAGGAGAAAUUCAGGCCAAAGUGGGAUAAAGGGAAGACCACGCAUUCCAGGAAAGAGACUCCACCUCUUCCAUCCUCUCGAGUGCGUUCAUCAGCCAGAUCUGCUGACAGGGCAGCCGCCAAGGAUGACGCAUUGAAUGAGUUACGAGCAAAACGUUUGAAGCAGCAGGACCCUGAGGCUCACCGCAAAUUGAGAGAUGCUUCUCGAGGAAGUUCAGGCAGUCGAAGUUUCUCGCACAUGACCAGGAAAUCCUUCACUGCAGUGGGUCGUAGUAGCUCUAGUCAGAGUGACAGUGACAGUCGGUCGCAUAGUGAAGAUGAAGGAUCGACAGGAGAAGAUGCAAUGAUGGACAGUGAUGAUGAAAGGUCAGAGGGACUAACUUUUGAUGAUAUUAAGGAAAUUACCAUUCGAAGGUCAAAACUUGCAAAGUGGUUAAUGGAGCCAUUCUUUGAAGAGUUAAUUGUGGGUUGCUUUGUGAGGGUUGGAAUUGGGAGGUCAAAGUCUGGGCCUAUCUAUAGGCUCUGCAUGGUCCGGAAUGUUGACGCUUCAGAUCCUGAUCGGAAGUACAAACUAGAGAAUAAAACCACACACAAGUAUCUGAAUGUUGUUUGGGGCAAUGAGAACUCUGCUGCCAGGUGGCAGAUGGCUAUGAUUUCAGAUUCUGCACCUGUGGAGGAGGAGUUUAAACAGUGGGUUAGAGAGGUGGAGAGAAGUGGUGGCCGGUUGCCAAGCAAACAGGAUGUGCUAGAAAAGAAGGAGGCCAUAAAAAAAAUCAAUACAUUUGUCUACUCAGCCGCAACAGUGAAGCAGAUGAUAGAGGAGAAAAAAUCUGCUUCAUCAAGGCCAUUAAACAUUGCGCUUGAGAAGGACCGGUUGAGGAGGGAGUUGGAAGUUGCACAAAGUAAGCAUGAUGAUGCAGAAGUGGAGAGGAUCAAGACAAGAUUGCAGCAAUUAGAAGCACGACGGCAAUCACAGGGGAAAGAUAGCAAGGCUGUUAGGCUUGCUGAGAUGAACAGAAAGAACAGGGUUGAGAAUUUCAAGAAUGCAUCAGAAUUAAAACCUGUGAAGACGGGUUUGAAAGCGGGGGAGGCCGGUUAUGAUCCAUUUUCAAGGAGGUGGACUAGGUCAAGGAAUUACUAUGUGUCAAAGCCUGGUGAACAAAAAGGGGAGGCAGAAGCAAUUGUCGAUGCUGAUGGUGCCUUAGCAGAUAUAGAAAGUAAUGGAACAGCAGUGGUAGGAGCAGUACGGGCUGGCAUGGCAGCUACUGCAGCGGCUUUGGAAGCUGCAGCUGGUGCAGGGAAGUUGAUUGAUACGAGUGCUCCUGUUGAUUUUGGAACAGAGUCAAAUCUAAUGCACAAUUUUGAGCUGCCAAUAUCAUUGGCUACUCUUCAGAAGUUUGGUGGGCCACAAGGAGCUCAGGAAGGAUUCCUGGCCAGAAAACAGAGAAUAGAAGCAACAGUCGGGUGCCGAGUCCCAGAGAAUGAUGGGAGGAGGCAUGCGCUGACACUUACAGUUAGCGACUACAAGAGAAGAAGAGGGCUACUCUGA